GGAGGAAGCAGGAAGUUUUGUGCACCAAGGAGAUGGUCAUGAUGGCGGUGGUGUGUCAGCUUAACAGCGUAAUGUUGAUAAUCUUACCGCUGUUAUUGAGUUCGUGGAGUUCCAGGGUUGUUGCCGACAUCACCGAUGGGAAUAACGAGCACUUAAAACGGGAACAUUCACUAAUCAAGCCGUAUCAGGGUGUGGGGUCUAGUUCCAUGUCUUCGUGGGAUUUCAGCGGUAAUACUAUUCUGACAAGUCAGUACGUGCGCCUUACAUCCGAUGAGCGAAGUCGGGAGGGCUCAAUCUGGAACAGAAUGCCAUGUUUCUUGAUGGACUGGGAAUUGCAUGUACAGUUUCAGAUCCAUGGAGGAGGAAAGAAGAACUUGCAUGGAGAUGGCUUUGCUCUGUGGUAUGCAAAGGAUCGUUUGAUACCAGGUCCUGUUUUUGGAAACCAAGAUAACUUCCAUGGUCUGGCAGUAUUUGUGGACACCUAUCCUAAUGAUGAAACAACAGAGAGAGUUUUCCCAUAUAUAUCUGUCAUGGUAAAUAAUGGCUCAUUAAAAUAUGACCAUAGUAAAGAUGGACGCACUGUAGAACUUGCAGGCUGUACUGCAGAUAUCCGCAAUAAGAAUCAUGACACUUUUCUCGCAAUCCGCUAUUCUCAAGGACGUCUUACGGUCAUGACUGAUAUUGAAGAUAAGAAUGAAUGGAAAAAUUGUGUUGAUAUUUCUGGAGUCCGGUUGCCAACUGGAUACUUUUUUGGGGCAUCUGCUGCCACGGGAGACUUAUCGGAUAACCAUGAUAUAAUCUCUAUGAAGUUAUAUCAGCUGAUGGUAGAACAUUCACCAGAAGAUGAAAACAUUGACUGGACCAAGAUUGAACCCAGUGUGAGCCUACUGAAAUCCCCCAAGGAUAAUGUUGAUGACCCAACUGGAAAUUUUCGAAGUGGACCUCUAACUGGCUGGAAGGUUUUCCUACUACUACUAGCUGCUCUCCUUGGUAUUAUUGUAUGUGCAGUAGUGGGAGCUGUUGUUUUCCAGAAACGUCAAGAAAGAAACAAGCGAUUUUACUAGUUGGAAGUUAUGGUGAACAUUAUCAGUGCCCAAAUGUGAACUUUGUUUUUCUUUUUUUUUUUUUUUCUUUUUUUUUCUUUUUUUUCUUGAUUUUUAAAAAAAUUGUACAAAACUGAAGUGGGUUAAUAAGAAAAUAACUUCAUUUCUAUUUUCUUACUUUGCAUUUAAAGGUGAAGGAAUGAAAUCCAUAAUAUGGGUAAAAAGAGGAGCAAUUGUUUUAUGGACAAUACCUGAUAUCUGUUUGUUUGUUUUUAUGACAUAUAUUAAUUUCUGACUGUAGCGGAGUGUGCUUUGGAGACAUUUCCUAGUUUCUGCACACACAGCCUAGAAUGCUUCACUUGUGGAGUUGAAUCUAGGUGUGUAAGGCAAACCAUUUUUCAUACUGAAUGUCUUCUUGUGCAGCUUCUGGCAGCAGGAUCCUGUGGAUUGUAACAGCUGCUCUGCACAAAACGCUGACCGGAUUUAGUAAGCAUGGCUGCACUUUCCAUUAUGGUUUCCUCAAUCACAAAGUUUACAAUGACCUGAGGAUGGGGAGUCAAGGAUUUGGGAUUUUUUUUAGCUUUGGUCUGCACUACAUAUCCUGUAAAUCCUCUGGAAAGAAUAUUAUGCCACAGAAAUAUUGACUCUGCAGGAAUCUGGGUAUGCAUUUAGUAACAUUGUGGAACAUCUAGCUGUUACGGAGGUUGGUUGCUCAUUAAAAAAUAUUUGGUAUCUU